UUGCUGGAGGGUUUGUGUCGUCGCAGUUGGAGCUGUAGGGGGUUUGCCACAGCCAGGCUCAAGUUGAGCUUCACAGGAUUACGGGCUUGAGUUUAUCGUAAUGGCCGAUCGGCAGCUGGAGGCCAGUAGCAGUGCAGCGCCACGAGCGGGACGGAAAAUGCCGCCUCCUUUCAAGGGGCCUAGUCCUCCAGGAGAAGGGAAGAAGAUGGCCCGGAAAUCACCGGCGCAGCUCAUAGCUCACUACACGGCCAAAGGGAUGGACGAGAAGGCGGCAUCAGAGAAGGUGAUUGAGGACCUCCAGAAGGCGCUGGCGUUUUCAUUCCAGAGCUAUCCUAUGCAGAAGAUGAUGGUGAUGGACAAGCAGUUGAGGACCAACAUGGACUUGUUCACUCAACGGCUUUCAGUUAUCGAGCAAAAGGUGGAUUCAAAACCAACCCUACGGACAGUAUUUGGAGCUGGAGUGGCUGCAGGAGGUCUGCUUAGGGUUAUGUUCGACGGAGUACCUCAUUUAAUGCAAGCAGUGGCUCGGAUUAGAAACGAUGCCGCAUCGGCCACAUCAAGUUCAAAAAUUUAGCUUAGUUUUUACAUUCUUUUAAUACACAGUAGAUAUGAUCACAGCAGGGCUCAAAUGCUAGGGUUAGUAGUCAACAUGUCGGAGUGAUUGCACGAUGGAGUUUCAUCGACUGGGGCCCAACUGGUCAGGUUGCUCCAACAGGAUGCACGAUGCGUGUUGGAGGGUAUGUGCAAGGUUUUGCUCAUCAGGUUAACGAUGCGCAACUUAGUAUUUUACGAGAGCUUUUGUUUCUUCUUAGUCGAUGGUUUCUGUGUUUGACGUUAUUCUUGUUACAAGUGACUGUGAAGGUACAACUAUAAUGCAUUGUUUGGUGGGGUACACUUUACCGAGAUACGUGUAAAGCCAAGCCGCACGAGAUAAAUUGAUGGCAUGA